UCAUUCUCUACCUUCCACUGCCAAGACCUCCUCAUCUCCAAACCGCUCUCUCAUGAGAAGCUGAGCUCGCUAUCAUUCUCUUCAGCCAUGGCGAAAACCCUAAUCUCAUCCCCACCGUUCAUCGGCGCGCCCCUCCCGUCCCUCUCUCGCCAUGGCCUCCGCACCCUCCCUCAACGUGGCAGGCUCGUCACCACCAGAGUGAAGCUCAGCUUACACGACAUCCCUCCCGUCCACUCCUUGCACUCUCCAGUCGAUUUGUCUGCGGUACUCACCAGAGUCGAAGGCCUUCUCUACACGCUCGCUGACGCCGCAGUUGCCGCCGACCCGGCCGCGAGCUCCGCCGACGCUGUAGUACAGAAAAACAAUGGGUGGUUCGGGUUCAUUUCUGACGCCAUGGAGGUCGUUCUUAAGGUAUUGAAGGACGGGCUUGCGGCUGUGCACGUGCCGUAUGCGUAUGGAUUUGCCAUUAUAUUACUAACUGUUAUUGUGAAAAUUGCCACAUUUCCUUUGACAAAGCAGCAGGUUGAAUCAACACUAGCUAUGCAGAACCUUCAACCAAAGAUUAAAGCCAUUCAACAAAGAUAUGCUGGUAAUCAGGAAAGAAUACAACUUGAGACAUCAAGGCUAUAUAAACAAGCUGGGGUUAAUCCGUUGGCAGGUUGUUUCCCAACUUUGGCUACUAUUCCAGUCUGGAUAGGGCUAUAUCAAGCUCUUUCAAAUGUGGCAAACGAGGGACUGUUGACAGAAGGUUUCUUUUGGAUUCCCUCUCUGGCUGGCCCAACUACAAUCGCUGCUCGACAAAGUGGAUCUGGAGUUUCCUGGCUUUUUCCAUUUGUGGAUGGCCACCCACCUUUGGGCUGGAAUGACACUGCAGCAUACCUUGUUUUACCUGUCCUCCUUGUUGCUUCGCAGUAUUUUUCAAUGGAGCUCAUGAAGCCUCCCCAGACUGAUGAUCCAGCUCAAAAGAAUACACUUCUUGUUUUCAAGUUUCUUCCACUCAUGAUUGGUUACUUCUCCUUAUCUGUCCCAUCAGGAUUAUCAAUUUACUGGUUCACAAACAAUGUGCUUAGCACGGCCCAGCAAGUAUGGUUACGCAAAUUAGGUGGCGCAAAACCUGUUGUGAGUGAGAAUGCUAGUGGAAUCAUUACAGCAGGACGUGCAAAACGAGCCGCUUCUCAGCCAGUACAGUCUGGUGAGAGGUUUAGGCAGUUAAAAGAGGAAGAAAAGAAGAAAACGUUGAGCAAGGCACUACCUGCAGAAGAUGUUGAGACUCUGGCUUCCACAUCUGAUUCUGACGAUGAUUCAGAAGAAGGAACUAAGGACAAGGGCGAUGAGGUUUUAGAAGAAGCAUAUGUUUCUGGUGUUAGCAAAGAGGUCCCGCGCCCAAGGAGAAGCAAGCGAUCAAAGCGGAAGCGUGCUGUAUAAAGUGACCGUAUACCUGUAUGUUUGUAGUUUAUGGUGAGUCCUGUAUAUCUCAACAAAUUGUAUUUUGAUUAAUAUAGUGGCCAUUUUUACGUUGGCUCUUCCAUCUUAAAAAUAAAAUUCGUCCCCCAAAUUCCUCGGUUCUU